AUUGGCCGCUCUCAUCAUCACCGUUUCGAGACCCGUGAUCUGUGGUUAUUCGCUCUUGGUUUUUCACCGACCUCUGUGCACUAGCCAAGAUGCUGAGCGCCGUAGGUCGUGCGUGUUCAUCGGUUCUGAAAACCGUCAAGCCCCCAGUGAGCUUGGCUAAGGCCCAGGCUAUUCAGGGCAAAUGCCUCCCCGCACUUUUCGUCUCGGAUAAGCGCGGAGCCGCUGCCCAGGCUCAGGCCAAGACCGGAUCGAAGGGACGCAUCGUAGCCGUUAUCGGUGCCGUCGUCGACGUCCAGUUUGAUGAUAACCUCCCUUCCAUCCUCAAUGCGCUCGAAGUCGAGGGCCGUAAGCCCCGUCUGGUGCUCGAGGUCGCCCAACAUCUGGGAGAGAGUGUCGUCCGCACCAUCGCCAUGGACGGUACAGAAGGUUUGGUUCGGGGCCACUCAGUCGUCGAUACCUGCUCGCCCAUCACGAUCCCCGUCGGAACCGAAACUCUGGGACGUAUCAUGAACGUCAUCGGAGAGCCCAUUGAUGAGAGGGGACCAAUCGAAGCCAAGAACUUCCUCGGCAUUCACGCCGAUGCUCCCGAGUUCGUCGAUAUGUCCGUCGAACAGGAAAUCCUCGUCACAGGAAUCAAGGUCGUCGACUUGCUCGCGCCCUAUUCCAAGGGAGGAAAGAUCGGUCUUUUCGGAGGUGCCGGUGUCGGCAAAACUGUGCUCAUCAUGGAGCUCAUCAACAACAUCGCCAAGGCCCACGGGGGUUACUCCGUGUUCGCCGGUGUCGGUGAACGUACCCGUGAAGGAAACGAUCUCUACCACGAGAUGAUUGAGGGAGGCGUCAUUUCUCUCAAGGACAAGAGCUCGAAGGUGUCUCUUGUAUACGGUCAGAUGAACGAGCCCCCCGGCGCUCGUGCCCGUGUCGCUCUGACUGGACUCACGGUCGCUGAGUACUUCCGUGACUUCGAAGGUCAGGACGUGUUGCUCUUCAUCGACAACAUUUUCCGCUUCACCCAAGCUGGUUCAGAGGUAUCCGCUCUGCUGGGUCGUAUCCCGUCCGCUGUCGGUUACCAACCCACUCUGGCCACGGACAUGGGUUCCAUGCAGGAGCGUAUCACCACCACAAAGAAGGGAUCCAUCACUUCGGUACAGGCUAUCUACGUACCUGCUGACGAUCUUACGGAUCCUGCUCCAGCCACCACCUUCGCCCAUCUUGACGCCACCACUGUACUUUCGCGUGGUAUCGCCGAGCUUGGUAUCUACCCCGCCGUAGAUCCCCUCGAUUCCACCUCUCGUAUCAUGGACCCCAACGUCGUAGGACAAGAGCACUACGGCAUCGCUCGUGGCGUUCAGAAGAUCCUCCAGGAUUACAAGUCACUCCAAGAUAUCAUUGCCAUCCUGGGUAUGGACGAGUUGUCUGAGGAAGACAAGCUUACCGUCGCCCGUGCCAGAAAGAUCCAGAAGUUCCUCAGCCAGCCUUUCCAGGUCGCUGAGGUCUUCACUGGUCACGCGGGAAAAUUCGUACCCCUCAAGGAAACCAUCUCUGGUUUCGAUAUGAUCCUCAAGGGAGAACUCGAUCAUCUUCCUGAAGUCGCCUUCUACAUGGUUGGUCCUGUUGAAGAAGUCCGCGAGAAGGCUGAGAAGCUCGCCGCUGAAAUCGGCAACUAAUCGGUCGUCGCUUAACAUAAAGCCGAGAUGAAAAAAUCUAGAGUAACAUUCAAUCCAUCAGUCCUGUUCCGGAGCUCAGGGUCGCUUUUUUACCAUCUAAGAGUAUCUUGGCGAGAGCUGAAAAACAGGACCCCGGCUCAGUUAUUGAAUGCAAAGCACAAGGAUAUUUCAGUUAGAAAGCGUUAGGGAUGGCAGAAGGCGCCGAGCAUGUUCUAAAACGACGAGAGACGAAUGAAAGGAAUUGAUGAGAAACAGGUCAAUAAAAGCCCCUUCUGUUUUAACCAUCAGAAA